AUGUCGACCAUGCGUAAUGCUGUCCAGCGCCGGGUUCAUCGCGAGCGCGGACAGCCCGAAGAUCGCCAGAAAUGGGGCUUAUUGGAAAAGCACAAGGACUAUUCUGCGCGAGCCCGGGACUUCAAUGCCAAGAAAGCGAAACUCAAAGCCCUCCGACAGAAAGUACUAGAGAGAAAUCCAGAUGAGUUUUACUUUGGAAUGUUAUCACGGGCGGGUCCAUCAUCAGCUAAGGGUCGUAAGGGCACGGUGAGCGCAGAUCGUGGAAAUCAAGUCUUAAGCCAGGAUGCAGUACGAUUACUCAAAACUCAGGACUUGGGAUAUAUUCGGACCGCAAGAAAUAGAGCUGCGAAAGAAAUGGAAAGGUUGGAGAUGGCAGCAAAAGGAAUUGUGGGAAGUGGACGCAAGCUCGUUUUCAUGGGCGAGCCAUCCGAUCAGUCUGAAGAUAGUGCAAUGGUGGACCAUAUGCUUGAAGAAAACGAAAUAGUCUCCCCAAGCGCUAGAAAACAAAAACAGCAAUCUCAAUCCAACUAUGAAAAACUAAACGCCAGGUUGGCCACAUCUCGAGAGCGACUAAAAACCUUGACCCAAGUAGAGGAGGCGCUCGAGCUACAGAGAGCCAAAAUGGCCAAAUCACCAACAGUUGGAGGCGUGAAUAAGGACGGCAAAAAGUUUAGAGUGAGAGACCGAAAAAAGUGA